UGUCGCUGUGCUUCUCUGGCUGCUUGCCUCCGUCUUGACCCGGUAGCGGUCAGACCUGCCGGCGACUAAAGGACCCCAUCAUGGCCUGGAGAAGCUGCUCGGUCCUCUGCAGACUGACCGGAGGAGAGCCGUUCCUGUGUUCCGUGAGGGGAGGCAGCAGGUGGCCUGACAGCUUCCAGCAGAGAUGUGGCUUCAAAAAAGCCGCCAGAAAACCAGAACCAAAAAAGCCAGAGGAUCCGGUUCCAGCUCACACUGAGCCCUCUGAGGCUGUGGUCCAGAACCAGGUCCCCAUACAGACUCCCUUCAACUCCGCCCCAACUUUCAGCCGACUCGUCAGGCCAUUCCUCUUCACCGUGGGGUUUACAGGCUGCUCCUUCGGCUCAGCAGCCAUCUGGCAGUAUGAGUCACUCAAAUCUCGAGUACAGGGGUACUUCAGCGAGCUGCGAGCUGAUUGGUUGGAGAAGGUGCGACCUCAGAAACGAGGAGAUGUCCGCAAAGAGAUCAACCAAUGGUGGAACAGCCUGACUGAGGGCCAGAAGACGGUCACAGGAAUCAUAGCUGCGAAUGCUCUGGUAUUCUGCUGCUGGAGGGUUCCCUCCCUGCAGCGCUUCAUGGUCAGAUACUUCACCUCCAACCCAGCCUCCAAGUCCCUCUGCUCUCCGAUGCUCCUCUCCACCUUCAGCCACUUCUCCUUCUUCCACAUGGCUGCCAACAUGUACGUCCUCUGGAGCUUCUCCAGCAGCGCCGUCUCCAUGCUGGGCAGAGAGCAGUUCAUGGCCGUCUACCUGUCUGCAGGUGUUAUCUCUACGUUUGUUAGCUAUGUUUGUAAGAUGGCCACAGGGAGGUUCGGUCUGUCUCUUGGAGCGUCCGGAGCCAUCAUGACCGUCCUGGCUGCUGUUUGCACCAAAAUACCCGAAGCCAAACUGGCCAUCAUCUUCCUCCCCAUGUUCACCUUCACCGCCUCCAACGCUCUGAAGGCCAUCGUUGCCAUGGAUACAGCAGGUUUGGUGCUGGGAUGGAAGUUCUUUGACCACGCUGCUCAUUUAGGAGGAGCCUUGUUUGGGAUAUGGUACAUCCUGUUUGGCCACGAGUUGAUCUGGAAGAACCGAGAACCUUUCGUCAAACUUUGGCACGAGCUGAGAACCCGGAGCAGUGGCGGCGGCGGUCCAGGCGGUGCGGCGUAGGAGGCAGAACCAUCAGGACUGUGGGAACCAAACACUUUUAGAGAAUCAUGUAAAGUUGUAUAAAAUGUACAGAGAGAACUCCACGUGAUCUACGAAGCAAUUUGAUCUGGGAUCAGAUAUUUAUUCAACCAGAUGACGUCUCAGCAAUGAAACUGUGAUUCAAGGUUCUGAUGUUUUAUAGAAAACGCUCAAGUUUUUACUCUUCUUUGUUUAUUUAAACCUGAAGCGGAGACGGCCAAUGAGAUCAGGAGGAGAAAUCACUUUUUUAAUGAACUGAUUUGAUUGGACAGAAGCUCCAUGCUGUACUGCUCUUUAUUUAUCUUUGUUUUCUUUCAAAUAAAUCGGUGAAAUGAUGAUAAAA